AUGGACUCAUUGGAAUCUGCGUUCGGCUUCCCCUUACCCCCAUCACUGAAGGGCUAUGUGUCCCACUCCUCCUCGUCCAUCACCAUGUUCACACCGCGUGCUCUCGUCGCUGCGUCUGCAGUCAUACUCCUGUUCCUCUGGCUAGGCCGUCUGGUCCUUUCUUCUUCCAGAUUACGCCGUCGUCUUCCCCCAGGCCCUCCCCGACUCCCGAUCAUCGGCAACUUGCACCAAGCGCCCCAGGUGUAUCCGUGGCGCGUAUACCAGGAAUGGACCAAGCAGUACGGACCCGUGUUCAGCCUGCAAUACGGCAUGAACACCAUCAUCAUGCUGGGCACCUACCAAGCGGCGCACGACCUGCUGAACAAGCGGAGCCACAUCUACAGCUCGCGCCCGAGGGCAGUCAUGGGCGGCGAGUGCCUCAGCCGCGGUCUGCGCACGCUGCUCAUGCCCUACGGCCAACAGUGGCGCAACCACCAGCGUCUCCAGGCCUCGUACCUCAACGUCCGAGUCUCCCAGAGCUACCGUUGCGUGCAGGACCUCGAGAGUAAACAGCUCCUCUACGAGUUCCUAUCGCCUGGGGUAGACUUCGUGGAUCGCUACCAUCGAUACUCGUCGAGCGUCAUCUUCGCGCUCGCUUACGGCCGACGCCUCCCCGUCGGCGACGAGCCGGAGAUCCAGGCCAUUGACGAGGUAAUGAAGAACUUUCUCUAUGCCGCCCGCGUGGGUACCUGGCUCGUCGACGCGGUCCCCGUACUAAACUAUCUACCUAAAUUUCUGGCGCCGUGGAGACGACUCGGGGAUAGGCUUCAUAAGCUCGAAUCCACCCUCUGCAUCGACAACAUGACCAAGGGCCUCAACUCGGCGUCGUGGAACUAG